UCACCACCUCUCUCUCCAACUCUUCUGACAGCGUCUGACACAGAAGCAAAAAGAGAGCACACAGGAUAUGAGUAAAAUAAAUACCCGGACACUUUCUAUCCCCCCGAAGUUGGAUUGAGGCCGAGAUUUAGCCAGGUUGGUUGGAUGUGUCUUUGUGUUACAUGUGAUCCAGGAUAUAGCAGAGAAGAACUCAGGAAGAACUACCCUGUUGACCCGUUGGAAGUUGGAUUGCACAACAACAAGUAGCGCUUUUGUUUUGUAACGCCGGUACUUAUUUUGGGAAAACAUUUUGUACUGUUUUAGAUGUUAGAGGAUCGUUUUCUGGGGACUUUUAGGAUGUCAUCCUCACAGGGUCUGUGAUCUAACACCCAAAGCUGUCCGUUUUGGAGGGUUCUGAACGGAUGACAGCCCAGGAGAUGCACCAGAGUGGCAUCUACAGCUACUUCCUCAACAUGUUUGCCUACCAGAUAUGUUGCUGCUGUGGCCCGGCCCCGUGUUCACUGUGCUGCUCCUUCUGCCCCCCGGUGAAGUCAUCGUCCAGCACGAGGAUCAUGUACACACUCUUCCACAUCAUGGCCUGCGCCGUCUCCUGUCUCAUGCUCUCACGCACUGUCUCCGAGGCUGUCCGGGACAAUGUGCCUUUCUUCAACAUGGUGUGUGACCAGGCCCAUGGCGGAGGGCACUGUGAGAUGCUGGUUGGCUACUCAGCGGUCUACAGGGUCUGCUUCGGCACUGCCUGCUUCUACCUGAUGAUGGCGCUGUUCCUCAUCGAUGUCAAGUCCAGCCAGGACUUCAGAGCGCUCAUCCACAAUGGGUUCUGGUUUCUGAAGUUCAUCACCCUGCUUGGGAUGUGUACUGCUGCCUUCUUCAUCCCUACUGAGUCCUUCCUGCAUGCCUGGCACUACGUAGGCGUGGUGGGAGGAUUUGCCUUCAUCCUCAUCCAGCUCAGUCUCAUCACAGCAUUUGCCCACACCUGGAACAAGAACUGGUUAACAGGGGCGGCAGAGGACAAGCGCUGGUACCUGGCGGUGAUGUGUGCCACCCUGUUCUUCUACAGCAUCGCCACCAUGGCCUUCGCCUUCAUGUAUAAGUACUACACCCACCCCACCGCCUGCCAGUCCAACAAGGUCCUGCUGUGGACCAACCUGACCCUGUGUGGCAUCAUGUCCUUCAUCGCCGUCACGCCCUGUGUACAGCAGAAACAGCCCCGUUCAGGGCUCCUGCAGGCUUCCAUCAUCAGCUGCUACGUCAUGUACCUCACCUUGUCUGCCCUGUCCAGCCGGCCCCCAGAGAAAAUGGUGUACCAGGGGGUGAAUAUGACAGUAUGUUACCCCAGUGUGGGUCAGGAUGGUAUCCAUAAGGAGACCAACGCGGUGGCCAUUAUAGGAGCUGCCAUCAUGUACUGCUGUGUGCUCUUCGCAUGUAACGAAGCAUCCUACCUAGCAGAGGUUUUUGGCCCUUUCUGGAUGAUCAAAGUUUACCGCUAUGAGUUCCAGAAAGCCACAUGCUGCUUCUGCUGCCCUGACAAAGAGGAAGAGGUGGAGUUUGUGAUUGACGAAGAAAUCAAGGGCUGCCAGAAGGUGAUUCACAACGAGAACCAGAGAGUGGCUUACAGCUACUUCUUCUUCCACUUUGUCUUCUUCCUGGCCUCGCUCUACGUCAUGAUGACCCUAACCAACUGGUUCAGCUAUGAGUCAGCGGUGCUGGAGACCACGUUCACCCACGGCAGCUGGUCCACGUUCUGGGUGAAGAUGUCGUCGUGUUGGGCAUGCGUGGUGCUCUACCUCUGGCUGCUGCUGAGCCCACUCUGCCACUGUGGCUCCGACUCGCACCGCCCGCGACGUUCCCGCAUUAAACGCCGCUCAGCCAACUCCUCCAGUCACGUCAGUGUGAGCGUCUGACCUGUGACCUUUGGGCCAGAGCCUGGCUUCUGGGGGUGGAGAACAGGAUAGGACAGCUAGCAGGAGAAGAUGGACAAUUGCCCCCGCUGUGGUACCCUGAAGGUGGAGGGUGGUUUUGAUGAUGUCCCCUUGCACCCUCAACCGGUCUCCCAUAUUGAGAUGUCAGCGGUCAGAGAUGAGAUGUCAUGGGUCAGAGACUCACUCCAGCUAGAAGGACAAACUAACAGACUAACCAGAGGAUUAAUGAUUGAAUCUGAUGUUCCUCACACAGACCACCUGAACCUCCAAACACGGGACUAACCAGACUGUGCUCUGAAACAGGAACAAAGACCCUAUACAGAAUCACUACAUCCUGCCAUCCAAACUGAUUUCGCAACAUUUCACUAUUGUUUCACUCGGUAAGUGAAGUAUUCAGUCUGGUUUAACCAGGCUAGAACCACUAUGGAAUACUAUGCUGAGACUGCCAAAAGGGAACAAAAAGGAUGAGCUCUCGACUCGCAUACGACGGGAGCUGUAGGGAAAUGUUGGCUGACUUUUUACUCUUUUUGAAUAUUUUAUUUCUUAUAGUAAGGACUGUGUAGCAUUUUUUAAAUUACAACCAGGGGUAGAUUUGUCAGUAGGAUCAUUAUUUUUCUCAGUGGUUUCAACAACUGAAGGUUUACCUGAAUGUUUCGGUGAAAGUUUCCCUGAACGUUUCACACCAUUUCUAAAGGUUUACAUUAAGAUUUUGCACAUUAGUGUGUUCAUACUGUUUGAAUAUGUUCGCUCUGGUGUGGAGCUAAUGUGAAUUAUAAAAUAAAAUAUUACUUAACACUUUCGCCAACAGGUAUAAUGCUAUAUUACUUGUUAUAAGCAUGUAUGAGCCUUUAUGUUGGCUGAGCAAAUUUCCAAUGGACCUAAUGGCUUAUAUAGUCAGGAUCAUUAUGAGUUGAUUUACAACACAUUAUAAGGGGUUCAUAGAUGUUCAUGACAAGUCUUUCAAUGCAUUAUAUCUGUCGGCUUUAAGUAAAAUGUUACCAAAUACUCUUAUACCAAUUAUUUAUUUCGCAAUGCCUUUUUAACAUCGUGGGAGUGGUGUAUCCAUUUCUAAAUUGGUUUUUGAAAGGAAAAUGUGGUAAAAUAGUUUUGGCAGUUAAGUUUUACAAGAAACCCCAGCUACAAGACCCUGACAUGUCUGGUUUAAAGGGGCUCUCUGUGAUCUGGGGUGUAUUUGCUAGGAACAGAAUGGAAACAAAUGUGCCGAAACGGGAAGAGACCUACCUGGAAUUUUCCAAUAUGAAAGCUUGUUUUGGUAUUUACAUUUCAAAAUGCUUCGCUACGGAGUGCACUAAUUAAUGCACCCGUGUUUUAGAAGAACCAUUGAGGAUCGAGAGCCACGUUUCUGUGAAGACUUCUCCACAGUUAAUGACCAAUAAUUUGACUCUGUAAAACCUUUGUGUACGAUACUGCAUUUAGGUCCUUUUUUAGCUCAUUUCAUGUUACUAUGAUAGCAGGUGUGUGAAGUUAUUUUUGUAAAUACAUUUUGUAAUGAAACACAGCUUCUGUUGAUUAAAGUGUGAUAUUUUUGUAAGCGAACAAACCCUAAAAUCACAUUGGAUUCUGAUUAGUUUCCCAAAUUCCAUUUUUCCCUUUUGUAUUUUUCAGGUUUUCGCUCUCAGAAAUGACACUUUUUUUGGUAAGCGUUAUGGCGAUCGGUUCUCUAAUCACAUGACACGGCUGGGAAAAAACUAUAACCCCAGUUUAACUAACAGUUCACAGAAUUCAAAAUGUGCCCCUAACGAGAUGGUCGUUUUCAAUCAAGAACAAUUGUGGCACUUGAUUUAACUCUUUAAGACUAUUUUUGUGGUAGUGGAAGAAGUUUAAAACGUUUUACUUAAGCUAAGCAUUUAAAUAUAGUCAAAGUUAAAUGUAGUAAAGUAAUUGAUCGGAUUACUUUGAUAGACUACUAGAUCAACCUUAUUACUUUGGAUUGUAGGGCAGUUAAAAAAAUAACUACACUCUGACUACUACACUUUUACACACUCUGCUACUAGAAAAUCACAGAAUAUUCAAACCAAUAAAAGACAGAAGACAAUGAGGCAGUGUUGAAGUCCUCUCUGGGCUGGAGGGGUAUCAGUGGGAAGAGGUACCCAUUGGCCAGAAAGGCGGAACCCUUUCCCUGGGAGAACUUCCCCAGGGGACACACUAGUUAACUGAGCAUAGCACACAUUGGGCCCUAUAAAAUCAUUAGAUUUUUUGUCCUGAUUCCGAUUAGUUUCCCAAAUUCCAUUUUCUCCCUUUAGUAUUUUUCAGGUUUUCGCUCUCAGAAAUUACACCUUUUAAAAAUAUUUGUUUUUACACAUAACAACAAAAAUGGAUGUUCCAACUCCACAACAAUGCUUGAACCACAUUAGGGCACCACUUUUGAGGUCUGUGAAAAAUAGAAAAUAAUUUCAAUUUUUGGGUGUAGUUACCCUUUAAUGCAACUGUGCACCAGGAAGAGACUGUUGUUUGGUUAGUGUUGUUUCUGUGGCGCUCAUAUGAUUGCAGAAUUUGCAAAACAAAUGGCCACUGGAUUGAUGCAAAUAAUCAUAUCAUUCUGCCAGGUUAUAGGCUACUUUGUAGUUAACAUUUAAUUGAGAAGGAUUUUGGGAAAAGCCUUUCUAUCUCUACCAGAAGACGUUUAUUAUUACCAUCAUUGCUAAUGGCUACACAAAGUGUAGACAUAUGCACACACACACACACUCCUUUUCCAACUCAGAAAGUUGCUGGAUAAUACGAAUCACAUUCUGACUGAACCGAAUAGGCUACACACGCUCAUUCAAAUUCAAAUAUCUAAACUACAGUUGUUGCAUGUGAAAAGGUUUCACGUACAAAAAAUAAAAAGUCAAUGUGCAUCAGCCUUUCUUCUUUCCCUACUCUUGCUUCGCUUGUUAGAUAUUAAGCACAUUGAUAGUUGGCUAUGUACAGCACCGUGCUGAGGAGGACGACACGCUGUUGCCUUGGCUGCCACCUCUGGAGUAGUAGCUGCUUUCUUGUUGUUCACAAUUCUUCAUCCACCCUUUUCACCCUCUGCUUUACUUUCCCUGAGAGUGUGAGUAUCCAUAGCAACGACUUAAUGAAGAGACAUGAGAGAGCUGUUAGCUGAAGUUAGCCAGCUAAUUUUCUCCACUCAACUCAAACAGCAGAUACUUCUGUUCUGAUUCCAGAUUUGAAUAGCAGAGAAGUAGAGGAAGAUAUCAAAUGCCCAACGUGUCUAACUUGUUGAGAAACUGGUCAGCUGAUUUGUGUCAAAAGUUGCAGUGAAUGGAAUGUUAGAAGU